AGUCAGCAACGACUGCCGUACCGGUGGGCUGAUCUCGCCGCAGGUACAGCAUCGCCAUGGACACUCAAAAAAAAUAUCAAGACCUUGGUACAUCAUCCAAGAAUAAGUCCUGUCAGAAAUGCUACGAUUCAAAGGCGGGCCUGGCAAAGCGCCAAGGGUCGGUCAGGAAGGCAGGCAAUGGGCAGGAAGAGACAGCUACACCAGCACCGAGGCCGCUAGCGAGGACGGGGAGGAGGACGAGGGCGAAGGGUGCCAACCCGAAGGCUCGAACGCGUACCGGCGGGACUGUGCGUGGGGACUGCUGCUGGAAAGGGCACGCUAUGACUUUCAGCGUAGCAUGGGUACGCAACCGUCGGGAGAGGAAUCGCCAAUAAAGGCUCAGCCUUCUAGGGCAUCGGCGAGCAAGGAGGAGGAAAACGACGGGGACGGGCAGAGCCUCUUGGAGACCAUCCUGGAGCGGGUGGACAGGUCCCGCAUGGCCGAAGAGUUCCUAGACGCCUUCCAUGCGGUGCAGAGGCGGGGAACGGUUCACCGAGGGGGGAUGGUGGGUAUGCUCCGUCAUUGGAAGAAGCUCUCUGACCUGUCUGGGCAGGAUCUGACGCUCGGCGUGGGCGCUGCCAUCGCCAAGGCGUUUCAUGUCGAGCAAUGGGAGCUCAGGUACCGCAGGAGAAAUAAGGUCAUCAACCGAUCCGAAUCCUCGGCCGGGAACGUUAGCCUUGGGAGCACGCCAACUUCCAAUUCCUCGCAAGGGCAGCUCUCGUCCAAGCGGUUUCUCACGGCCGUCAAAGAGGGACCUCGGGGAUUGCUUCUGGAGGAAUUGAUGGCUGUGGAGGCCGGUGCCGCGCGACUCAAG